AUGCCGUCUCGAAAAAGAUCUGCGCCGGAGCCAAGCACUGAUCGGAGACGGUCUGGCCGAUUAUCCACGGCUUCACAAAAGAGCUCCUACUUCGAAGACUCGGAUACUCCAUCGAAUGAGGAUGAAGCUCCCCUGAAGAAACAACGUCGACUCUCUGGGAAAAGCAAGUCAACUUCGAAACAACUCGAGGAGGAUCAGUACGUCCAAGAGACGGCAGAUGAGGACCAGAAGGAGGAGGAGGAGGAGGCAGCGGACGACGACGACGACGACGAAGCACCAAGAAGAGUUGAAAUCAUACCUCUGGAGAAGAUGAGGGAUACAGGAGGGGUGGAAUAUGAAGAUCACAAACUCCAUAAGAACACGUUGCUGUUUCUCAAGGACCUAAAGGCAAAUAACAAGAGAAGUUGGCUGAAAUCUCAUGAUGGCGAGUACCGACGGGCUCUGAAAGAUUGGCAAUCCUUUGUGGAGACGGCUACGCAGACCAUAAUUGAAGUAGAUGAAACGGUUCCCGAACUGCCCAUCAAGGACGUCAUAUUCCGAAUAUACAGAGAUAUUCGCUUCAGCAAAGUGAAGACGCCAUACAAGCCUCACUUCUCGGCCGCCUGGUCACGGACAGGCCGGAAAGGUCCCUACGCCUGUUACUACAUGCACUGCGAGCCCGGAUCGUCCUUCAUCGGCGGGGGCUUGUGGCAUCCCGAAGCCGCGUUCGUCACGAAACUCCGCCGCAGCAUCGACAGACACCCAGAUCGAUGGCGACGGACGUUUAGCGAACCUUUGUUGAAGAAAUUUUUGUUCCCCAAUGUCAAGGCCAAUGCCGGUCCAGAGGCAGUAAUCAAAGCCUUUGUGCAGAGAAAUCAAGAGAACGCGCUCAAAAAACGACCAAUGGGAUACGAAGUUACCCAUAGGGAUAUCGAGCUGUUAAAGUUGCGCAACUACACGAUUGGCGCCAAGAUCGAUGCCGACAUGUUCACCAAGGAUACCGCUCAGCAUGAGGUGCAAGAAAUCGUGCGCGGUAUUGCUGGCUUCGUCUCGUUCUUGAACAGCAUAAUUAUGCCCGAUCCCGCAAUUGAUGGAGAUGGUGGCAGCGACGACGACGACGACGACGACGGCGACGAGCUGGAAGAGCAAGACGAUUAG